GCCCGGUGGAAACGCCCCCCUGCAGCUGACGCAUUCACGCUGACAAGAAGCACAUGACUAGCCGUGUUUACACCUGCAUUGUUACUCUGACUCUCUUCGUACAGUCAGUCAACAACCACUCUCCUGGAGAAAAAAGACAAACAUUUGCGACUGGCUCCAGAAAGCCGGCCCUCUAGCUGUCCACUAUGGACAACACAGACGUAGAACAGGUGACUCUGGCCCUGCUCGAUGCAGCCAACGACAAGGACCCAGCAGUCCAGGAGCAGGUCAGGAAGUCUGUGUUGACUUUGGGAAAACAGCAGCCAGACCGAGUGUUGGCUAUGUGUCAAGAUUAUCUUCUAAAACACCCUAAGUUGGUGGUGAUUCACAGAGUUGUUAUACUUCAAACCAUUGAGCUGAUAGUGAGCACCAGGAUCGAGGACAUCAAUGCUUCUAGAAUCAAGAGCAUCAUCUCACUGGCCUCUGAUGAAAUGACCAGAUCAAAGGAGGUCAUACCUGACUGGCAGCAGGCUGCAAGUAACAUAUUAGUAGCUGUCGGAAACAAAUACAUCAAUGACAUCAUGGAGGAAAUAUUGAGCAAGUUCCAGCCAGGAGUUCUACCUCAUUUCUUCGUCGUCCAAACAUUGGCCAACCUCUCUGACUCAAACGUUUAUGGGAUGGUACCAUUCCUGAAUGCUAUUCUGGGCACCAUGUUACCCAUGCUGGGUAUAGCCAAACAAGACAACAUGAAGUGGGUCUUUUCUUCUGCUCUGUGUCAUUUCAGCGACAGCAUUUUAGAGUACUUGGCCAACCUUGACAAGGCUCCAGACCCCACUGUGAGAAAGGACACAUUCUGCAGUGAGAUCUAUGCUGCCUAUGACAUUCUCUUCAAUAACUGGAUCCAGAGCAGAGAGCCAAAGCUCAGACUGACGGUGGCUGAAGCUGUUGGCUCAAUGUGUCACCUGAUGCCCAGUGAUAAACUGGAGGAGCAAAUUCCCAAGAUCAUCCCCACCAUCACGAGUCUGUACAAGAAGAACAACGAGCACUACGUCAUAAGCAAGAGUUUGUGCCAGGUCAUUGAUGCGUCGGUCAACAUGGGCAGCAGGGUGCUGGAGACACAACUCGAUGGUCUUCUCUUUGUGCUUCAUCAGCAGGUUUGUUCCCCUGUUGAUUACAAUGAUCCACCUACUGUCAAAAACCACAAUGAAAUCCUGCGCAGUUUCAGUUUGCUCGUGAACUCUUUCCCAGACCGGCUGGUCAUGUUUGUUCUGCAGAAGCUGGAGAACAGUAAUGAGCGCAGCAGGAUGGGCUCCCUGGCUGUGCUUCGUCACCUGAUUAACUCAUCCACUGCUACAAUGGAGAGCAAAAAGCUGCUCAUUCUGGCCAGCAUCAGACAGCCAAUGGCAGACCACAGUAAUAAGGUUAAAAAGCGUGUGGUGCAAGUAAUCAGUGCCAUGGCACAUCACGGAUACCUGGAGUUAGAGGGAGGGGAGUUAUUGGUUCGAUUCAUCGUUCAAAACUGUGCUUUGCCCGACACAAAUCAGCGAAGCCAAAGACCAACUGAUCCAGAGGAAGUGACUAAUGAGGCUCUGAGGACAAUGUGUGACAACACUCUUCAUCUCCUGACUACCACUGUCGGACGACUAGCUGACGUUCUUUGGCCCAAGCUCCUAUAUUACCUGACUCCCUCCCAGUUCAGCAACGCCACCACUCCUCUCUGUAAGAGCCUCAUCGUGCUGGGCAGCAAGAAGAAAACCAACCAGGAGCCCAGCUUCAACAUAGACUUCAAACAGGAAGUCAAUCUUCCAACUCCUCAAACUCUCAUGAUCAGACUGCUGGUCAACGCAGCAUUUCCAUUUAACAGCAGAGGUCAUGGCGCUCCGUCCCUCUCACUCCUCCAGGUCCUCAGCAUCAACAUACACCCCAACACAGAAACUCUGUGGGAGAAGGAGAUACCGCCUCUGCUUGCAGUGCUGGAGGAGUCAACGGCAGAAAGUCUGGAUAAGAAGCAGUGGGAUGAGAAGAUGCUUAAGCUCUUGUCGGAAACCCUGGCAGCGAUUGAGAAUGAAAAAUGGGCGUGUUCGCUGGCCGCCGAGGCCACAAAAUACCUCUCUACCUACAACAACGCCCAAGAGGAAAAGAGUUUCCUGUAUCGUUGUAUCGGAGUGACACUGCAGCAGUGUUUCAACAAGGAGUUUGUGAAAAAACAGCUCCAGGAAAUCCUCCUUACAGCACGACACAAUGACGCCGUGGAAAGAGAGGGAGUGGCAAUGGGCAUCGGUCUGUGCGCCAACAGCCAUUUAGAGGGAACCCUAGCUAAGCUGGAGGAGUUUGGGAAAUCGGACGCCUUUAAGAAGUCGCCAAGUAUUUUCAACCUGCUCAAAGAUCGCAAUGAAGUUGAGGUGGAGAAGGUGAAAAGCACUUUGAUCCUGUGCUACGGACAGGUGGCUCUGAACGCACCUCCAGAAACCAUACUGAACCGCAUCGAUCAAGACAUUCUGCGCUGUAUCAGCAAACACUUCAAUACCAAGGUUCUGGGGAUUAAAGUAGAGACAAAGGACUUGACAAUGAAACUCAGUUUGAUCCAAAGUGUUGGGUUGAUAGCCAAAGCAAUCAGCGUGUGUGUCAUGAAGCAAGGCUACGUCUUCUCUCGAAAGCAGGAGCUCAUCUCUGUUAUGCUGGAUUUCAUCAAGUCUGAGCACACAGACUCACUGAGGACUCCAGUACGUCACCUGGUGAUGAGCACCUGUUCCAACCUCAUGACUCUGGAACCAGCGCUGACGGAGAACGAGAGCUUUGAUUUGCUAAAGGUGUGCGUUAACAGUGUGUUUUCACUGCCACCUGAAACACACACGCCAGAAAAAAUCAAAGAUGAGGACUUACUAGACCCCAAGCAGAGACAGGCCCUCUACAAAGACACGCUGGCUGCACUGCAGGAGCUGCUGAAGAGCGUACUGGCCAGAGAUCCCACACCUGACGGUCUGCAGAAUGUCUUUAAGCACAUUGAAACGUGGCUGAGCUCUGGGCGGGACCAUGAGAGGGAGAGAGCCAUCACAGUCACCGCUCACAUACUAGCUUACUUUCUGGACAACCUGAACGUUAAGAACAUGGUAUCCUUUCAUAACGUUGGAGCGUUGUUGGGUCGACUUUCUCCUCGAUGUUCUGAUCCUCUUCCUGCCAUCCGUGCUGCUGCUAUCGACUGCAUUUACUCCCUGCUUUACAUCCAGCUGCGAUAUGAAGGGUUCUCCUUGGAUUAUAAAGACGAGGCCGUUGAAAGUCUGCUGCCCUUUAAGGAUCAGCUAGAAAACCCUGACCAUUCUGUUCUUUACAAGACCUGUUCAGAUCUUACCAAGGUGAUGAGCAAGCGUCUGCCUCAGCAGCAGCUGACCACGCUGGUCUUCAUGUUGUUUGAAGGGCUGGUCGACACUCAAACCAACUGCUGCCGGGCUUCAUCCGUCAUUCUCAAUACUCUGCUGAAGAACAGAGGAGGUGGACUGCAAGAUCUGGUCCCAGAGAUGCUGGAGGUGCUUCACGUGCGUCUGCAAAACAUCACAGAGGAACAAGUGAGAGUGGCAGUGGGACAGACGGUACUGAUUCUAGCAUCUCAGCAUCUGCAGACUGUUAUCAACACACUGAUUAACCAGCCGCUUCCUUAUGACGGCUGGACCAGUGAGAUGUGGAUGGCUUUGGGAGCAGACCCAAUAGUAGCCACUCAGAUUAUAGAAAUAGUGAUGGAGAAGCUCGUCGUCAUGGCACCUUAUGUUGACAAGAAGGAGAUGAUGAUAAGGGGAGGGACUACAAAGGUGGCCACCGGUCCACCUCUGGCUAUGACAUGUGGUCUCAAAGAGCUCCUUCUAAACGGUCACUGCCAGGAGCCCACAGUCAGUCUGUUUCCUCGCCUCUUCUCCUGCCUCACUGUCAGACUGGGAGCAAGCGUCGGCGUCUCCGCACCUAAAGACAACAACACCAAAAACGCUGGAGCCAUCCAUGUAGCGGGGGUAGCGGCUGACGCUCUCAGAAUCUUGUUGGCUCGAGUUCAGUUAGAUGAAGUGUCCAAAAGGCUGGAAGAAGAUAAAGCUUGGGAUGCAAUAAAGGAGCCAAGUACACACAUUAUGGGAGUGACUUUAUUAGCAAGGGCGAUGGCGAAGCACGCUGGGCCCAGGUUACCUGCUAUCAUAGAGUGUCUGUGUCCGUUCCUGAACAACAUUUAUGAAUGUCAGAGAAUCACCGUCACUGCUUUCUUCUCCGAGCUGCUGAACCACCACGUGGUGACGGAGCUGAUGCUAAUCGACGUGUUACUCAACAACAUGAUGGAGAGGGUAUCAGACCCGUGCUGCACCGUUCGCAUGCUGGCCGUUCGAGGGUUGGGGAACAUCGCCGUGGGAUCGCCUGAAAAGGUCAACAAAUAUGCCAAGGAGCUGCUGGCAGCCAUGAGCUCAGGGAUGGAGGAGAAGGAUGAUCCCGGUAAGCUGAUUACCCAUGAGGCCAUGUCUGGACUGUCCAAGGUCCUUCAACACCUGGACGAGAAGAACAUCCACCUGCUCGUAGUUUACAUCUUCAUGAAGAUCAAACCAUUCUUGGAGAGUGAGAAUGACGACAUCCGCCACGCCUCCAUCCUUCUGAUGGGAAACCUCUCCAAGUUUGGUUCAGGAGAGCCUGUGUUUAAAGACCAGAUCCACAAUGUUCUGGUCAGCCUGCUGUUACACCUGGUUGAUCCAAACCCACAGGUGGUCAAGGCUUGCAAGUUUGCCAUGCGAGUGUGUGCUCCUGUGGUGGGUUCAGAGCAGAUCACAGCCAUGUUUCAGAACCAUCUCCAUGAGGACAAGAGCUUGCACUACGGAGAGUUCAUCAACGAUCUCACCAAGUAUCUGAUUCAGGAUUUUCCUGGCAUGCUGAACUUCUACCACAUCUCAGUGAUCCAGUUCUUCAAGAGUAACUGGCCUGAAGUCCGAGCAGCAGCUGCCAUGUUUAUAGGGUUUCUACUGGGCAAUCUUCAACAAGAGCACUUCUCCCAACUCAACAUGCCCACAGUCACAAAAGGUUUAGUGCUGCUGCUUCAGGAUUCAGACCCUGUGGUUCGAGUGAAGGCCGCUGAAGCCAUGGGCCAAUUUCACUGACUCCCCCACACACAUUCUGAUCUUUGGUCAGGGUUCAUCAUUCCACAGAUCUCUUCAAGAAAUGCAUAGCAAAGAGCAAAACCUCCAUUCCGUUUGCAAAAUGUAGCCAAAACUUCAGCAAAAAUUUCAACCAAACCGACCAAGAAAGAAAGUAGUCACAUUAGUAGAUGUUCCUUUUUCAUACCAGUGAGCACUGGAAGCAUGCACAUAAACCUAACAUUGUUUAGCCUCUUUUCACUUAACCUAUGGUACUUGAAUGACUUAAUGGUUAACCAUGUUUUGGUGACUAAGGACCGUGUUUAUAGACCGUGUUUUAGGAUGCAAUAGAUUUGUUCUAAUUUUACUAAACGUGUCCAAUGUUUUGUUGAAAAGAACAAAAACUAAUAUUUUAGAAUAGAUGUAGUCUCUUCAGAUGUUAAAUGUGCAAUAAUACAUGAGCAGUAACAGCAAAAUGGAACUCACUUGAAGUACGCCUGAUCCACAAUCCAUCCAUGCUAACAGGGUUUUAGUCUCAUAACCAUGAAAUGAAACGGGAAACACUCUUAACUCCUACAAAACUGACUAAUGUUCAUAAUAAUCAUUGACUUCCAUAGCUUUGGCCUUUUCUGUGUGAUUAGAGUUCCAUCCUAUGAAGUUUUUGCUUUUAACAGUCCAGCUUAAAUAAGUGCCAAAUUUCCGUUAGAUUUCUUUUACUCUAUUAGACUGUAGACAUUUUAUUCUUUAUCUUGUCUCUCUAAAAUUGAACAAUCAUGUUUCAUUGUACAUUUGUAUGUGUGUUGUACCUCUGUAGGUAUUUGUGUGACUGGUUUGUUCUAGUAAGAAUGUUUAUCAUGUAAAGAAAAAUUAAAACCUAACUAGCCAUCUUCAUGGGGGUUUUUGACGACCAAAAUUUUCAAGGCCGCUGCACUGUCGUUUACCAUUAAGAAUACUUUCAUAUUUUUCUUUGCACUUUAAAUCUCAAACUUGAGUUUCUUAAGAAAAAAUGUGAAGACGUGUUCAGCUUUUAGGUCUCUAUGAAUCAUCUCAUCAUUUGCUUUUAAGCACAUGCAUGCAUGCAUGUGUGCUUUAUUUUGUGGGUUAUGAGUUUAGGCCAAAACAAUAAUAAUAAAAUAUAGCUUUCUUUUUUUUUGCCUUAAUUGAGGUUAAUUUCCCUUUAAUUUGACCCACAGCUUUUGAUGCUUUUACACUUUAAUUUUUUUUUUUAUUGAUUGUACUCAUGGUAUCAUUGCUAUUUUUCCAACAUGUUUAUAGUGUAAUAUAUGUCUAUGUGUGGUUGACAUGGUAAUGCUAUUUCUAAUAACAUGUGAGUUCAAUUCUGCAUACAAAUGUUCAUGUUCUGGAAAAGACUGGACAAUGGAAAUCUGUAUUUUCAAUAAAGAUUUAAACUGUCAUUUA